AUGACAGUCUCAAAGGUCUUGUCAACUACAACCGAUGGAGCAACACGAAAGCCUCAUAUCAGCGAUGAGCCAUGGACUCGAUCCAAUUGGUAUAAGCAUAUCAAUUGGCUGAAUGUCAUUUUUGUCGUCCUUAUCCCGUUAUAUGGAUUCAUCGCUACCUUCUUCGUACCUCUGAGGCUCUACACGGCUAUUUUCGCCGUCUUCUACUAUUUCAAUACCGGCCUCGGUAUCACAGCUGGUUACCAUCGCCUUUGGGCUCACACUUCGUAUAAAGCCUCACUUCCCCUUCAGAUAUAUCUUGCCGCGGUCGGCGCCGGCUCCGUUCAAGGCUCAAUCCGCUGGUGGUCACGCGGCCACCGAGCACACCACCGUUACACAGACACCGAGAAGGACCCCUACUCUGUCCGCAAGGGUCUUAUGUAUUCUCACAUUGGUUGGAUGGUACUCAACCAAGAUGCAAAGAAGAUUGGCCGAGCUGACGUUGUCGAUUUGAAUUCGGACCCAAUUGUCCGGUGGCAACACAAGCACUACCUAGUGUGCGUGCUCAGCAUGGCUUUCAUUUUCCCUGCUCUGGUGUGCGGGAUCUGGGGAGACAUGCUCGGUGGUUUGGUGUACGCUGGAAUCAUUCGCGCAUGCUUUGUACAGCAAGCGACCUUCUGCAUAAACAGUCUUGCUCACUGGCUUGGCGACCAACCAUUUGACGACCGCAACUCACCACGCGAUAAUUGGAUUACUGCAUUAGUCACUCUGGGCGAGGGGUAUCACAAUUAUCACCAUGAAUUUCCCUCUGACUUUCGCAAUGCGAUUGAGUGGUACCAGUACGAUCCUACGAAGUGGAUGAUCACGAUCUGGGGUAAACUUGGCCUUGCCAGUCAUCUUAAGCAGUUCCGCUCGAACGAGGUGGAAAAGGGCAGAUUACAACAAAUGCAGAAGAAGCUUGACGUCCGUCGCGCAAAGCUCGACUGGGGUACACCACUCAAUGAACUACCGGUGUACACAUGGGAUGCUUUUGUUGAAUCAGCUUGGUCUGAAGGCAAAGCACUAACCUCAAUUGCUGGAGUCAUCCACGACGUCUCGAGCUUCAUCAAUGAGCAUCCUGGCGGCCAAGCAUUGAUCAAGAGUGCCAUUGGCAAAGACGCUACGGCUCUGUUCAACAAAGGUAUCUACGAUCACAGUAAUGCCGCUCACAACCUGCUUGCUACAAUGCGUGUGGGUGUCCUGAUGGGUGGAUGUGAAGUCGAGAUCUGGAAGAGUGAUGGAGGCAAGAAGACCUUUGACGGUGCAAAGUACCUAGACUUGUCAUACUAA